AUGGCCUCCAUCAAGGGUAAUUCUGUCUCAAUAGCUGGCCACGACAUUGUAAAACUUACACCGUCCACAAUUAUCAUCCCUCAAAAAGAUUAUCAAGACAAAGAGGCAUCGGACGAUUCUAAAUUGAAGGCCAUUUGGGAUGAGCAGAUAAGCGCGAAGAAUGCAUCGGUCGCAUAUCGUGAAGCACAUGUUCUUUUGCUAUCAUGGGAUCAUAAAGAUGAUGACCUCCAUGUACAACAAGAGGUGGCAGAUCUUGAGCAUGUCUUCCAGGAUAUUUUCAAAUACAAAACAACAAAAAAGAUUCUGCAGCAAAAUCCGAAGAAGCAUCCACAGACUCAGAUAAACCUAUAUCUUGCCGAGUUUGUUCACAGUCACGAUGAUCCAAAUACUCUUCUAAUUGUCUAUUAUGCCGGGCAUGGAAAGCUUACGGAUGGGGAGAAUGGACUAGCUUUAACUGGAUCAACAAGUAUUCCAGAUGAAGACGAUGAGUUACAUGAGAUUGUCUGGAGCUCCGCGGAACACAACAUACAAAACACCCAAAGCGAUGUUCUUGUUAUAUUCGACUGCUGUAAUGCUGGCGAAAUGGAUCGCGGAGUCCGCGGUGCUGACUUUACUAGAAGAGCAUUCGAAUACAUGGCUGCAACUUCUCAGAGAUCCACCACCAGAAAGCCAGGCCCUCAAUCAUUUACCGCCGCUCUCAUCUGGGCCCUGAAAGAAAUGGUUCUUUCCAAACCCGGAAAGCGUUUCAGUACGCAGGAACUGAUCCGAAAGAUCUCCCAAGCACCUAAGUUUCCUAGAGCCCAGGCUCCAAGAUUAACGGAGAGAGGCCCGAUAGGGUCUUUGAGAAAAAUUGUCCUUGUCCCUCUCGAUCAACAGUUAAUAUCUGGGGUCCCGGAAGAGAAAAACAUGGAACUGAUGGAUGAGAUAAAACUUAAAGAAACGCUAAGUCUUCGAUUCGUCUUUAAUGGGAAAAUCACCAGAAAGAUAAUCAGAGAGCUCGCGAAAGAUGUGUCCAAUCUCAUAAGCGAAGGAGAUUUUGUGGCAUCUACAGUUCUUUGGGAGGGAUUAAAUACUUCUAAUUCGAUCAAGAAAACAUUCCGUGAUGUUGUCAGUCAUGUCAUUGGGCAGAACCUAUCAAGAAAACGAGAUAGAUCCAAUUUAGAUGGCGCGCAAUUCUCACCCAUAACACCCAUGACACCUGUUACACCUACAUUACAACAAGAAUCAACAGUGUCAUCCGAAGAUAGCAUCGAUGUUACGCUCAGUCCAGAGCGGUCGCUUUCAAGUCCUACACCAGAGAUCGGAACUAGUGGAGGCGUGAGAAGCGAGGAAAAUGGAUUUUCAGACUCAUCCAAGAAGAGAAAACGAGAGGAUGGGACGACGAAUGACACGGGAAGUGUUGAUCCGAUAUCUAAUCUGUCACAUACAGCACGCGAGAUGAGACAGAAGAGACGUCAGUCUGGUCAUCGGAGCAUUUAG